AUGCUACUUUCAGGUGUAAAGUUGCUUGAAGCGAAUCCGGAUGUAAAACGGUUAUAUGACGAUCUCCUAAGUAAUUAUAACCGUCUGAUUCGACCGGUGACCAAUGUCAGCGAUAUACUGACAGUCAGGCUGGGGUUAAAGCUAUCACAGCUGAUGGAAGUCAACCUGAAGAACCAGGUCAUGACGACUAACCUUUGGGUGGAGCAAAAAUGGUACGACUACAAGUUACAAUGGAACCCUGAGGACUACGGAGGUGUGGAGAUGCUGUACGUACCAUCAGAACACAUCUGGUUACCAGAUAUCGUACUUUAUAACAACUGGGAUGGAAAUUACGAAGUGACUUUGAUGACGAAGGCUACGUUAAAAUAUACUGGAGAGGUAAACUGGAAGCCACCAGCCAUCUACAAGUCCUCGUGUGAGAUCAACGUGGAGUACUUCCCGUUUGAUGAACAGACCUGCUUCAUGAAGUUCGGAUCCUGGACUUAUAAUGGAGCUCAGGUGGACCUAAAGCACAUGGAUCAGUCCCCAGGCAGCAGCUUGGUACACGUUGGUAUUGAUUUGAGCGAGUUCUACCUAUCAGUGGAGUGGGACAUUCUGGAAGUACCAGCUACGAGGAAUGAGGAGUACUAUCCUUGUUGUCCAGAGCCAUUUUCAGAUAUAACCUUCAAGCUGACAAUGCGCCGGAAGACAUUGUUUUAUACUGUGAACCUGAUUAUACCAUGCGUUGGCCUUACGUUCCUGACUGUACUUGUAUUCUAUCUACCUUCAGACUCUGGUGAAAAGAUAUCGCUCUGCAUCUCCAUCCUGGUGUCCCUCACUGUGUUCUUCCUUGGUCUGGCUGAGAUCAUUCCGCCAACAUCCCUGGCAAUCCCCUUGCUUGGGAAAUAUCUACUAUUCACGAUGAUACUCGUCUCGCUCAGCGUUUGGAUAUCGUUAAGCAUCUCGAUUUUGGUGUCGCUGACUGUAUUCUUCCUGUUGCUGGCUGAAAUAAUCCCGCCCACGUCGCUCGCUAUACCUUUAUUAGGGAAGUAUUUGCUGUUCACCAUGAUACUGGUGUCUCUGAGUGUCUGGAUGACAGUUUGUGUUCUCAACGUUCACUUUAGGUCUCCAUCAACCCACACGAUGUCUCCGUGGAUGAAGAAGCUGUUCUUGCAGUUGAUGCCGAAACUCCUCAUGAUGAGGAGAACCAAGUAUUCUCUGCCAGAUUAUGACGACACGUUUGUGUCCAAUGGCUACACAAAUGAGCUGGAGAUGAGCAGGGACAGUUUAACGGACGCUUUUGGGGAUUCAAAGGAUAAUGGUGAUUAUCGGAAAUCACCAGCUCCAGAAGAUGACAUGCUGUCUGCUGGAGGCGCUCAUCAAAGACCAUCAGUGACUGAAUCAGAAAACAUGUUGCCGCGUCACCUCUCGCCUGAAGUGGCAGCUGCCUUGAAGAGUGUCAGGUUCAUAGCACAGCACAUCAAGGAUGCUGAUAAGGACAAUGAGGUGGUGGAAGACUGGAAAUUCAUGUCGAUGGUCCUAGAUCGCUUCUUCUUGUGGCUGUUCACCAUUGCUUGCUUCGUCGGCACCUUCGGCAUCAUCUUCCAGUCACCUUCACUCUACGACACCAGGGUACCGGUAGACCAGCAGAUCUCUUCCAUACCUAUGAAAAAGAACAACUUCUUCUACCCUAAAGAUAUUGAAACUAUUGGUAUUAUCAGUUAA